GGCCUUCCUCCAACACAAGGCAGCCUCUCAUGAUUCAUUCAGGCAAACAGACAGUAGCAGGCAGGCUAAACAACGGACGGGUAAUCUAAAAGCUGGGUGGCCAAACCUAGAAGAACAAGGCUCCUCAUUGAAUAACACAAUUAGAUAAUUCACCAUGACGGAUGUUGGUGAGGUUUUGAUGUCGGUUUUGUCCACAAUUCGUGUUCCGAAGCCGGGGGACCGUGUUCACAAAGAUGAAUGCGCCCUGUCAUUUGCUUCGCCGGAGAGUGAUGGAGGCCUGUACGUGUGCAUGAACAGCUUUCUGGGCUUUGGUAGUCAGUACGUUGACAGACACCAUGCUCGGACUGGCCAUAGGGCUUACCUGCACAUAACCCGGACUCGUAAGGCCAAGAAGGAAGAUGACAACAACUCUGGCUCGGGACACCCACCUAAGAAAAAGCCCACUAGGCUGGCAAUAGGGAUUGAAGGAGGCUUUGAUGUUGAACAAGAUCAGUAUGAGGAGGAUGUAAAGGUGGUCAUUUUACCAGACAGACAGGAAGUGACUUCAGAGGAUCUUGCUACAAUGACUGAUGUUGUCAGAGAGCGGGUGUCUCUGUCAAUGACGGGUAUCAUGACCGCCGACUCCGUGUCUCAUGCCUUACAAGUCCAGCAGUGGGACGGAGAAGUGAGACACGAGUCGAAGCAUGCCGCCGACCUUAAACAGCUGGACAAUGGACUCAAGAUCCCUCCCAGCGGCUGGCGUUGUGAAGUCUGUGACCUUCAGGAAAAUCUGUGGAUGAACCUGACGGAUGGGAAAGUCCUUUGCGGUCGCAGGUAUUUUGACGGCUCUGGGGGCAACAACCACGCUCUUCUCCACUACCAGGAGACCGGUUACCCCCUCGCUGUCAAACUUGGUACCAUCACUCCAGAUGGUGCUGAUGUGUAUUCCUAUGAUGAGGAUGACAUGGUGCUGGAUUCCAAGUUACCGGAGCACCUAAGUCACUUUGGCAUUGACAUGAUGACUAUGGAGAAGACGGAGAGGACAAUGACAGAGCUGGAGAUUGCUGUAAACCAGCGUGUGGGGGAGUGGGAGGUGAUCCAGGAGUCGGGUACCACCCUGAAGCCCCUGUUUGGCCCCGGCCUGACUGGGAUGAGGAAUCUGGGGAACAGCUGCUACCUCAACUCCGUCAUGCAAGUGCUCUUCACCAUUCCAGACUUCCAGAGCAAGUACGUGUCUAACUUUGACAAGAUCAUCAACGAUGCGCCGAGCGACCCGACCCAGGACUUCAAAACUCAAGUAGCCAAACUGGGUUAUGGUCUGCUGUCGGGAGAGUACUCCAAACCAGCACCGGACCCCGGCGAUGAAAACGGUGCCUCUGAACCCAGGGGAGACCAAAUCGGAAUAGCACCGCAAAUGUUUAAAGCACUCGUUGGCCGAGGCCACCCUGAGUUUUCCACCAACCGACAACAGGAUGCUCAGGAGUUUCUAUUGCACUUCAUAAACAUGGUGGAGAGGAACUGUCGCUCUGGGUCCAAUCCAUCUGAAGCUUUCAGGUUUCUGGUGGAGGAGAAGAUCGUUUGUCAGCAGUCGCAAAAAGCCAAGUACACACAGCGGGUGGACUACAUCGUGCAGCUGCCUGUGCCCAUGGACCAGGCCACCAAUACAGAGGAGCUUCAGGAGGCGGAGCGCCGUCGGGAGGAGGGUGACCUAUUAGCACCAACGGUGCGUGCACAGAUCCCGUUCUCCGCCUGCAUGGCGGCUCUCAGCGAACCGGAAAUACUCACCGACUUCUGGAGCUCGGCGGUGCAAGCCAAGACUUCUGCUACCAAAACAACCCGCUUUGCCUCGUUCCCCAACCACCUGGUAAUCCAGAUUAAGAAGUUCACCUUUGGCCUUGACUGGGUGCCUAAAAAACUGGACGUGAGCAUCGACGUUCCCGAUACUCUAGAUCUGAGUGCUCUGCGCGCAACCGGUCAGCAGCCAGGGGAGGAGCUUUUACCAGAGGUGGCCCCGCCCCCACUUAUGACCCCAGAUACGGAGGUUAAAGGUAUCCUGGGUUUCCCUGGCAACGAGGAGGACGACUCGCUCUACUCCCCACUGCUGUCUCCAGUCCUCGACGACUCGACUGUGUCCCAGUUGUGUGAAAUGGGAUUCCCACUAGAGGCCUGCAGGAAAGCGGUGUAUUACACUGGAAACACUGGAAUUGAUGCUGCCAUGAACUGGAUCAUGAGCCACAUGGAUGAUCCGGACUUCUCAGCCCCCCUGGUGUUGCCCGGCAGCAGCACUGGACCCGGGACCACUCCCACCGAGAGUCUGUCUGAGGAGCACCUGGCAACAAUCGUCUCAAUGGGCUUCAGUCGAGAUCAGGCCACCAAAGCUCUCCGAGCAACAAGUAACAUCCUGGACCGUGCAGUGGACUGGAUCUUUUCUCACAUGGAUGAUCUGGAGUCCAUGGACGUGUCUGAAGGUGGUCGCUCAGCUGCAGAGAGCGAAGGUGGCAGGGAUCCUCCACCUGGACCUCGUGUCCGGGACGGACCAGGCAAAUACGAGCUUUUUGCAUUCAUCAGCCACAUGGGGACGAGCACCAUGUGUGGCCACUACGUCUGUCACAUCAAGAAGGACCAGCAAUGGGUCAUCUUCAACGAUCAGAAGGUUUGCGCUUCAGAGAAGCCUCCCAAAGACCUGGGAUAUCUUUACUUCUAUCGUAGAGUGGCUGAAUGAGACGAGGAGGAGGUGAUGCCUUCAAACACUCUACAGCGAGCUCUUAAACGCCCUGGCCUGCUUCUCAACUGACAAACAUGUAAAUAAACCCCUCCGAUUGCCUAUACACAGUUAAAUAAAUUGGUGUAAAUGUACAGAUAAAGGUGUUUGGGGGGUUCUGCUGUUUUUCUUUUUGAUUUACUGAUCGCAAACCACAGGCUCAGAGUCUACCCGCCGACUAUCUGAGAGCUACUGAAGCAUGUAACACGGGCUGUAAUCGGAAAUAUAUUCAGAGAAUUAGAAAAGUCAGCUUCAGGGAACAUCCUCCAAACAUCUGAGGGACUAAGAUGGCAGCGUUAUAGUUAUUUUUUUUUUUACCCAUAAUUGGUAAGUUUACGCAACUGUUGAUGCUAAUUGACCCCUGACUAUUGAUCUGUUUCCACUGCCAUCAGUAGUCACUGCCCUAAUGUGUUUAGGAGUGCUGUGGUCAGGCCCCUCUUGGUUUACUUGAUAUCUGCAGCUUCGUGUCACCACGUAACACAAACACAGCAUCCUGUACCGGUCCGAGUGCAGAGAUAUAACAACCCACCGUUAGAAAGAAGAGACAAAAGCGAAAACUUCAAAGUUUAUCAGGAAAAACACCGAAUCCACAUGUUUUUCUCAAGUUUGGUGGGGGUGAUACCCGGGUGACUCGUGUUUUAUUUUAAUUUUAAAGACAAGUGCUUUGUUACUUCUGCUGUGAUAAAUAAAGAUUUCUCUGUCAAAAUGAA